AUGGGUGCCUUACGCAGGUUGUCCCUCGUGACAACUUGCUUUUUGCUGUUGCUCAGCUUAGCCGAGUCUACAGGAUGGCAGACGCCGUCAUCGUUGCCGGCAGAAGCCGUGGGAAAAUCUUCACUCACGUUUGUCUUCGAUAUUACUGGGUCCAUGUUCGAUGAUCUGGUCCAAGUUCGAGAAGGCGCUUCGAAGAUCUUCCGAACAGUCAUGCAACAAAGAGAGAAGCUCAUCUACAAUUACAUCCUUGUUCCUUUCCAUGAUCCCGGUCAGUUUUCUUUUUUUCGUUUUUCGUUCAGAAAUAAAUAAGACACGUUUUUGAGUUGAAGACAAAAUUAAUCUAUAGAAGUUCGAUCUGCUGACCAACAGUCCUCAAAAAUAAACCGAAAACAAAAUUUUCGAACUAAUGUACUGUAGCUGCUGCCAAAACCGCUUAUUUCAUUCAGAAUGAAAUUUUUCAGAGUAUGUCGUUGAUCUAGGGUUCUAUUCAAUUUUGAGCAUAGUUUUUGUUUUUUAUUUUUUUCACGUCAAUCUUCGAUGAUCAGCCCUUUAGAAAGCAGCAAGGAUAUUUUCAAUUUUCGGAAAUUUCAAAAUAAACUCAAUCAUUUCAACUCAAGCGCAAAACAGCAAAGAAAAUGAGCAUCCGCGUUACAACGUGCGGGAUCAGUUUCCGAGAUUUAUCAUCUUUGAUGGCUAUUUCAAAGCUGCUGCAAAUAGAAAAGUCGAAACAUUUUGAUGUACGCAAUUUGACGUUCAGAUCUUGGUGAAAUCAUUAACACCACCGAUUCAUCGUACUUCAUGAGGCAACUGAGCAAGGUAUAUGUGCACGGCGGCGGAGACUGUCCUGAAAAAACUCUCACAGGUGAUUUUCUAUGAAGGACUUGAUUUUAGAAAAAUGGUGAAGGAAAACGGCUCGUUUUGAUUUUUGUGUAGAAGAGGCUCUGCGAUUUUGAACUUCAUGCUCCAGAAAUCCACUAUUUUUCAUACCACAAAUUAAAAACUCAAUUAUAUUUUUUUAAAAAAACGGAUCACCCCCGUUUUUCAUAUUAUUUAUUUCAAACUUUUGUUUCAAAAAACUCUGGCCACAAUUUCUAUAUUUCAAACCGUUUUCAAACUCUGGUUCUUGCUUCCGUAAGAUAAAAACUGGCGGUCCAACUGGAGUGACAAGAAGUUGCGAAGUGCUGGGGGAUACGUGUCGCGGCCAAUUACGCUUUUUCAAUAGAAGCAAUGGGCCAGACAGGAGAACGGUAACAUGAAUCACGCCGUAUUUCCACAAAACCUAUCAAACUUUGCAAAAAGCUCGCGUUUUUCUGGCUCGAAAAAUGAUAUAAUACAGGUGCACAAAAAGAUAAUUUUCACUAACUUGGAAAAAUAUUUUCUGAAAAACUUUGCAGUAUGGUAAAAUUUGUUUACCGCAGGCGAGUUUAGUUUUCUUAAGUAAUUUGAUCUCGAAAAAAUGAUUUCCAGUUACAAUGACGCUCAAAUGAGUUUUGCAGUCCGUAUUCAAAAAUAUUAUAGGUGUUGAGUUUGAAACUUUUAUGCUCUGGAAAAGUUUCCUUGAACAAUUCAAACCGAUCGAAUAGAAGGAGAAACUUCUACAGUUGGAAAAAUCUUUUUCCAAUCCAUUUCUUGAAAAUUUUUCCUUAACUUCCAACGAAAAUUUCGAUCCAAAUCAAGUUCUAUAAGGCCUAUUUUCACACACCAAAAUACGCGUUUUUCUGAGUUUGUUUGGAAAAAAAACGCGACAACUGGAAAUCACUAAAUCGUCGAAGUUCAAGAGAUCAUUUCACAUGAAUUUCCUCAAGCGCUUCUUUGCCUCGUUACCUCAGCGGAAGCCUCAAUGGCAACUUGACCCCGAAGUUGAGCUGAGAAGAAAUUUGAUGCUUUUCCUCGUUUGUAAUGCGCUUCUGCGGUCACAUAAUCCGAGAUAACCGCAUCGACACAAGAAAUUGGUAAUUGUAUCAGACCGACGCAACGUUUUGUGUAAUGUUCAAUUUCGAUUCGAAAAUCUUUUCGAUUCUGCUGCUCCGAAGUUGUAAAACUGGCAGUUGGAGUCAGAGUUGUGAAUGGUCGCGCACCCAGUAUUUGUGGUUGUAAAAACGGCAUACGAUAGGCAAUUUACGGCACCUCAACACAUGGCGAUUGUGAUGAGUGGCCAGCCUCUUGCGCAACGGAAAAAGGGCUCAUGAAAAUAGUUUUUGAUCAGAAAAUAUGUUCCAGUCGAACAGAAACGUUAAAUUUUGUUUUGAAUUCAUGAAAAAAUACCUAUUCCGUUAUAAGUGGUGUCGAGAAAUUAUCCACUUUUCUCAAAUAAAGAAAGAAAAAUGACCCAAAAAAGACUCAAAACGAAUUUUUUUAUGAAGAAAUGAGAACAAAGAUGUUUAGAAAAACGGAAAAGUAAUAGCUUUUGAAAAAAUUGUGUUUCAAAUUGACGUCAUCAACGGUCGGAAAACUCCCCUAAACUUAGACAAGUUAAACUUUAGCGAUGAACUCAUUAGAUCAUUCUAAAGAACUUUGAAAAUAUUUUUCCCCGAACGGCUGAUUUUGAGAAACUUUUCAGGAAUCCACAAAGCUCUCGAAAUCUCGCUACCUUCAUCUUUUGUCUACGUGUUCACCGACGCUCGAUCCAAAGAUUACAAUUUGGAAGAAGAUGUCUUGAAUCUGAUUCAAGAAAAACAGAGCUCUGUAGGAAAAACAACGGUCCCAGUCCUAAGUGAACUGUUAACAGGUCGUUUUUGUCAUGACUGGCGACUGCGGUAACCGCACUCAUCCUGGCUUCCGAACCUAUGAAAAAAUUGCGGCUGCUUCUUUCGGACAAGUCCAGCUCUUUUUUCAGUUAAAGUUAAUUUGUUUGUUAUUCAGGUCUUCCAUCUUGAGAAAAGCGACGUUAGUACGGUCCUGGAAUAUGUCCGACACGCUGUGAAGCAGAAAAAAGUGCACUUGCUCUACGAAGCUCGUGAAGAAGGAGGCUUCAUCUAUCGAGACAUCCCUGUUGAUGAUCAACUGAGCGAAUUGACUCUUUCUUUGUCAGGAGAUAAAGAUGAUGGAGGCUUCCUUGAUAUGACCAUUUUCGAUCCAUCAAGUAAGAACAGUUUUUCCGGACCGGUUUUCAUAAUUUUUUAGACGUUGAAAUCGACAAAACAAAGUACACAAAAGAAGGUGGAACAAUUGACUUGAAAAACGUUAAAUUAAUCAGAUUGAAAAGCCCUCGUCCUGGUAUUUGGAGGGUUCGAAGUUUUUUUGAUUCCACCAAAAUCGAGAAAAUGUUACAGGUUCAAACAAGAUCAAGGAGGAAGCACACGAUCCGAAUUUUCGGCCAUGGCUCUAUCGACUUCAAAUAUGGAUUUGCUUCGCGUCCUGUGGAUAAGAUGGAAUAUGUGAAUCAAAAAAAUAAAUUUAAAAAAUUUACGAAUUUUUUUUUCAGGCAAGACCUCGUCCCGUGGCUAAUCAAAAAUACUUACCUUGUUAUCAACAUGACUGGCCUCAUUCCACCUGGUACUGUCAACAAGAUCAGCCUCCUCGAUUACACAGGUAAGCUCUGAAAUUCGUAAAAAAUUUAUAAGAGAUUCAGGAAAUGAGCUUUUGACACAACCGGCAUCACCAAUUCGAGAAAAUCCGCACAUGUAUUUCAUAGGUCCAUUUGUACCUCCAAAAGGAUUAUUCUUUGUUCGAGUUUCCGGAACCGAUGACCAGGUAAACCUCGAAGUAAGAAUUGAAAAGAAAAUACUCACCAGGAUUACGAGUACAUGCGAGUUGCUCCAACGGCGAUUGGAAGUGUUACUGUCGGAGGCCCGCGAGUUUAUGUACCGGAAAUUCAAACUGUUUUUGUGGGAAAGGUUUUCCUCUUUCACGUUUGUCCGGACUGACUUCACUUUUCUCCUCAGAGCGUCAACCUAUCCUGCAUGGUCGAGAGCGCAGUACCAUUCACUGUGAACUGGACCAAAAACGGCAAACUCGUCGGAGGACCACUUUUCUACGAGUUUCUUCUUUUUCUUGUCAUCUUCCAAAUUAAAACUGAUUACAGCACUACUGACACGGCCACUUGGGUGCUGACAGAAAUCGCGUUGUCAGACAGCGGAGAUUACAUUUGCGAGGUCACAAGCGACAACGGAAACGCAACAGCAAAAAUGCAGCUAGAAACGAGAGGUAUGUGGAAACUGAUCAGUCGGAUUAGUGGAGUUUUUUCAGAAGCACCUCCUCAAAUCACGGGGGUUAGGAAUGAAACAGCGGCUCUCAUGGGCUCAGCUUUUCUGCACUGUCCGACAAUUUCAAGCAGUAAAGCUGAAAUUCGUUGGUUGCGUCAUGGCGUUUCUGUUCUGAACGGCCCCAAUACGGUAAAUACAGUUGUGUAUGAUUGACAAAGUUGAAAAAAUAGUCAAGAAACUUCAGCUUGAAAAUUCUGAGAAAUUUGAGACGUAUGAUGAGAAAAGGGAGAGCUUUACAAAUAAAGUUCUUAAUGAAGAAUUUCUUGUUACUCGACUCAAGUUCAAAACGAAAGACCUUCGUCCAGAAAAUCUACGAAAAUGGAACACUCCGCAUCUUCUCAACAUCUCGCUCUGACGCUGGAAUGUACGAAUGUCAAGCAAGAAGCGCCGGCGGCAUGACCUCCCAGAGCAUGAUUUUGAAGGUUCAAAUAAAGUUUUUUUUCUGACUGUAAUCAAUUUUUUUUCAGAUCAUGGAGCCCCCAGUAGCUUCAAUCAGUCCAAAACUGCUUUAUUUUGUUCCAUCGACCUCUAUCAACUUCUCCUGUUACGUUCAAGGAGAUCCGCCUCCAGAGCCGCAUUGGUUCGUGAACGGACGUCGCAUCAGUCCAGACAGCAAAUACUACAUCUCCUACAAAAGUCUAACUUUCGAAAAAGUUCAGAAAUAAUUUCUUUAUCUAGACGAUUUGAUAAUUCGAGUGGCGGAUCCUUACGAUGUCGGACAGUAUGAAUGUCGAGCUGUGAGUCCAGCCGGGAUGCAUGCUGAGUCUGCAAGAGCUGAGUUGGCGAAGCCUCCAGAGGUUCAGCUCACCCAGAGCAAAACUAUGAUUGGCCGUGGUGACAGCAUCUCUUUCGAAUGCAAAGUAGAUCAGAAUAAAGAUGUCUCUAACUGAAAGUAAUAAUUUUCAAGGUGACAGCAGGCUUGCCAGCUCCAAGCAUCAGAUGGCUGAGAAACGGUAAAGAACUUCUUCAGAGCAGUCGGGGUUACAUCAACAUCGAGAACGGACAUCUCCAGAUAACGGUAAGAGCGAUAUAAUAAGUCUAAAGUUGAAGUUCUAUCACUAGGGAGCGCAAGAAUCGGAUGGAGGCUCUUACUCCUGUGUGGCAGAAAACAUUGCUGGAAGAGCAAUCGGAGUUGUCAAAGUCGAAAUUGGAUGUAAUUUUGAAUAACUACAGACUUUCGAUUUACAUCUUUUUUUUAGCUGUCCCAUCUAUCGUACCCUCUCCGGGUAAUGUUCGAGUGAACAUUGAACGUCAAGUAAGCUUUAACUUUCCUAAAAGUCUUCGUCAAAAACUUUAAUUAACCUUUUUCAGAUUACUUUGCAAUGUUUGGCUAUCGGACAACCAGCGCCUCAAAUAACUUGGUACAAAGAUUCUGUAGAGCUUGACAGUCUCAAUAACCCUCGUUACACAGUUCUUGCAGACGGAAACCUCUUGAUCACAAGUUUUCAAAUUGUCCUACAAACUUUCUAUGAGUUUUUCAGACGCUCAAAUGGAAGAUCAAAGCAGAUACACCUGUAUUGCCAAAAAUCCAUAUGGGCAACAAUCGCAAAACACGAAUCUGAUAAUCACAGGAUUGAGUAUGAGUUCAGAUUGAAAAAUUCUCUGACAAAAAGAGUUCAGCUUCUCCUGUUCUUGGCCACGUGCCACCGGAAGAACAGCUCGUGGAGGGAGAAGAUCUGAGGCUUUCCUGUGUCGUCGUCCUAGGAACUCCCAAGCCUCAACUUCUGUGGUUCAAGGAUGGAAAGCCGAUUGAGCCAUCUCCAACAGUCAUUGUGAGCGGUUGCUAUCUUAUGAAAAAACGGCGGAAUUAAAAAAAGUUUAACUGCAAGCUCGUCUUUUUUUACGCAAUAAAAAUAAAAUAAAUUUAAAAAAAGUUCUCGCUUAUCAUUUUUUUAUCAAUUGUUUGUUAGUGGAUAGUCAACCUUUUUUUCAGAAAAUUUCGAAAACGCAGUAAUUUAUAAAGAAUAAGAUUGGUAGAAGUUAAAUUAAGAACUGUUAAUCUAUUUCAGUGAAUUUUUUCAAUUCAAGAGAUUUUCUAAUGAAAUUUUUGCCAGGACUCUGAAAAAAAGUUACUCAAUGGAUGUAACAAGAUGAUUUUUUUUCUUUCAAUAACUGCUAAAAAUUCUCGCGAAGUAACCGAAAAAAGUCAUCCUAAUCGUAAAAUCAAUUUUUUUAAUCAAAGCAGUGUUUUUCACUAAAGUGUUUCAAAUCUGGUUCCAAGGUGGAAGGAGGCGGUACUUCUCUGCUUCUGCGUGACGGAAACCCGAAAGACGAAGGAAAGUAUACGUGCGCCGCCAUCUCUCCGGCCGGCAACACGACGCUGAACAUCAACGUGAACUUGAUCAGUAAGUGAAGCAUGCUGCAUGCGGCCCCGAAUGCACGCCCCAGUCAGUAGUGUUUGCAUGUUUUGCACGUUCAGAAAAGCCAGAGUUCGUGAUAUACGACCCCGGCCAACAGCCAACGCCAAGUAUCGCUGGCGUCAGCCAGGUCGCCCAGCCCGGCGUCGAGCACUCCGUCAUCGAAGGCGACGGCUUCGCGAUCCCGUGUCCAGUUUCUGGAGCUCCGCCACCCACGGUCACCUGGAGCCUCGACGGCCGUCCAAUCGCCACCAACAACAACGAAUUCAGCAUCACCGUUAGUUUUCCAUUGCACUCUUUUAUAGAAAUUCGGCUAAACGAAGAAAAAUUCUUUAAAGUUUCCGUUUUAUUUCAUUUUUUUAUAUCUCAAAUGAUUGGAAAUAAUUAGGACAAUUUCCUAUUAAAAAAACCCAUCGGGAUAAAAUUGUUAAAUCAAUAGAAAACUCUAUUAAAAAAACAGAAUUUGCUCGGUGCCAGUUUAAAAAAAUUUCAUACUAUGUGGAUUAAUUGGUUGAAUUCUUAUUACUCGUUAGACCGAUCUACAAAAAAAUAGGUAAAAUUUGAAAUAGAGCCAAAAUUGCACUGUUACCGAUUUAUUAGAACCAAAAAUGGAAAAACCUUGGCCGUUCAAGUUUUUUUUUUUUACAAAAUUGAACCAUGCUAAGUAAGGCUCAUUUCACUGAAUUCUCUCUGAAUUUCAGAAUCUUAGAGGAAAUUUGAGAUGUUUAUGAUUAUGAUACUAAAAAAAACCGUUUAACAGACUGAUAACACGCUGAUUGUGCACAAAACAGACAAAUCUCUUGCUGGAACGUACACUUGCACAGCUGUCAACGCAGCUGGAGAAAUUCAGCAGGUAUCAUUUAUAUUCGAAUCAAUAAUAUUGUUUUUGAAGUCAACACCGAUCAAAAUCAUGACGUUACCAAUCAUUUCACCUGGACAAAGCUCGUUCAAUUUGAUCCAAGGAACUCCUCUUUCUAUUCCUUGCAAUGUUCAAGGAGAACCUAAAGCUACCAUCAAAUGGUAAAAAGACUGCAUUCUGAAUAAGUUACUUUUCUUGCAAUUGAGGUACUUGAAUGAUGUCGAGUUCACGAACGGGACUGUCGAUGAGGAUGGAACUCUCCUCAUCGAAGACGUGCAUGAAAAUCUCAAGUAUUUAAUGAUAAAAAAUGAUAUCGAUGACAUUUCAAUAAUGCAGAGGAUCUUUGAAAUGCGUUGCGACCAAUGAAGCCGGAUCAGAUGAACGCGUCGUUUCUUUAACAGUUCACACAGCUCCAAUCAUCGAUGGAAGUGGAACGGUAGUGUCGAUUUCAUUUAUCCUCCAUUAAAUUUAUCUGAUUUCAGACCGUUUCAAGAGUUGCUCUCGCUAACGAUACCGUUGUUCUCGCUUGUCCGGCACGAGCCGAACCGCCUCCCGUACGAAUUUGGAGCUAUGAAGGCAGUAGAAUCGAUACGGUCCCGAUUCCCGUAAGAUAACAGGUUCAGAUUUGAGAAUCUCAAUUUUUUCACAGCACAAAGUCACAAAAGACGGAGAACUGGUGCUGUCAAACAUCGACAUCGAGCAUGCUGGAUAUUUCACUUGUCUUGUUUCCAAUUUGGCUGGUGACGAUUCUAUAACUUAUGAGCUCGAAGUGAGGAAUUCUAUCAGAAAAAAAUGGAAUGAUUUUUGUCACAGGUUCAAGAAAAGCCUCGAAUCAUCUCGGAGACGCCUGGAACCUUGGACGUCGUCAAAGGUCUGACUCUUGAGAUCCCAUGUACUGCUACUGGAACGCCUCAACCGGAAAGAAGUUGGGAGAAAGAUGGAAUUUUGGUAAGAAAAUGGUUUUUGAAGCUAUACCUGAUAUAAUGCAGUUCGCCUAUCAACAAAUAAUCAUCUCGAUAAGAUUAUUAUUUUAUUUAGAACCACUUUUAACUUGGAGUCUGAAAAUUUUUAAACGUCUUUCGAAAGAGCUUCAUCGUUUCUCAUAUUGCUAUGGUUCAAGCUUGAAGAGUUUUCUCUAUCAACAAAAAAUGCCAGAGCUUGAGAUUCGUUUAUCAUAACGUCUUGCUUUCAUUUAAUACAUCCAAAUUUUCGAAAAUGCAACACCAUCAAUUCAAAGAAGAAUCGUUUAUUUCAAAUUCCAGUAUUUUUUCCGACAUCUCCGCUUGUUUUCUGAUUUUCUAGAUACUUUGCUAUUGAUUUCUUUCGAAUUGACGGUCUUCUGGUCUUUUUUGUCGGAUGAAACAUUGAAGAUUCGAAUCAGCAUUUUCAGUUGUCCACCGGAAACUCCAGUAGAUAUGGAAUCGAUUCGGCCGGAACUUUAAGGAUUUUCAAUACUGCGAAGGAAGAUGGCGGUCAAUACAAAUGCUUAGUUGAAAACGGGGCUGGAUCCGAAUCGCAAACGACUUCCGUUGUAGUUCAAGAACCUCCAGUUUUCUCACCGCACACCAUUGUGAACUACACCGCAGUGGCUGGGGAUGUGGUGAUUUUUCUCAAUUGUAUUAAACUUGACUUUGAAUGGUACAAUAGGUUGAGCUCCGAUGUGCUGUUGAAGCAUAUCCUCCGGCAACCAUCCAGUGGACACGCAAAGGAGUUCCAGUCACAGAGAGCACUCCCGGAAUGAAGGUGAGAAACCAUGACUUUCCUGAUCCCUGAAGUUGUUCUUAUUAAAGAACUGACCCCUGAUUUUAAAUGAGAAACUCUAGGUGGAGAACGAUGGAACUCUUGUGAUUGCCGAAGCCUCCAAAGAAGACGACACUUUUUACUCGUGUAAAGCAACUAAUCCAGCUGGUAUCGCCGAGAAAAACAUGCGAUUGAGCAUUAUUGGUAUGCUUUCAAGUUCGAAUGAGAAAAAAAAGACUUUCUUCAGUUGCGCCGGAAAUGCCUGACCAAGACAUUGUCGCUCACGAGUCGGUCAAAGUUUCUCAGCCGUUUUCUUUGUACUGCCCCGUCCUCAGUACACCUCUGCCCACAGUAAGAAUGAAUUUUUUUUUCUAAAUUCACAUUUCUUCACAGAUUUCCUGGCAACUCAACGACAAGCCUAUGGCAGAAGUCGAUGCGAAUGUUCAGUUUUCUGACGACAAGCGGAAACUUCACGUCGAGAAAGUUGAUUGGCAAAAAAAAAUUGAAUUUGUAAAUGUUAAAUAGGCCCGAGUUACUGAUGCCGGUGUGUACAAAUGCGUAGCUCGCAAUUCUGCUGGCGAAGGAAGCAAAUCCUUCGAAGUGGAAGUCUUGGGUGAGUACAUAACUGUAGAGAAAAACGUGAAUUUUGACUUUUCAGUGCCUCUCAACAUCGAUGAAUCGGAAUGGAAGAAGAAAGUUGUGGCAAAGGAGGUGGAGACACAAAAAGUUUCUGAAAACCAGGGAAAUCCCAGGGAGAAUACGUCGAGAUUGGUUGUCCCGUUUCUGGUCUUCCCAGCCCGACCAUCAAUUGGAUUGUCGGUGGAACCAUUCUUAGGAAAGAUGAGCCUUACAGAGGGAUCAAGCUGGCAGACAGUGGGAAGACGGUUUUCGAUGGAAUCUCCUGAAGUUGAAGUCUUUCCUAAUUUUUCAGCUGAUCAUCGAAGAAGCUUCGCUUGACAACAUGGGGAUGCUUCACUGUGUAGCCCAAAAUAAGGCAGGAACUCUGGACGUUGAUGUUGAACUUGUCGUUCUUGGUUGGCUUUUUUCAAAUAAUACGAUUUCAUUCUUAAUUUUAAGCUGCUCCGAACUUGGGUGCUGAUGAGAACAUCGAGAUCGUGAAAGGAAAAGAAGCUACACUCUCGUGCGACAAUAAUGGUGAAACUGAUGAGAAACAUACAGUUUCCUGGCUUGUGGUGAGGAGUGAAUGUGUGAAACUGAGAGCAAGAAGAACUUCAGAACAACUCUGAAAGCUUGCCUUCAAACGUCCAAGUCCCACUCAACGGACAUCGACUCUUUAUUGUUAAUGCCACGGCUGCCAACGCUGGUUCUUAUUCUUGCAAGGGUAGAUUAUUCUUUCAAAAUCGAGAACCGUUCUUCUUGCAGCUACGAAUUCUGCUGGAGAAGACACCAAAAUCGUCAAUGUCGCAGUUCUUGGUGAGUGGAAAAAGUUAAAUUGAAAUGACAGAUUAAACUUUCAGAACCACCGGAGUUCCUCGAAAAAGAAUAUAACGAAAGCAUAAGACUUAUCCGUGGACAACCUUUGAAUUUGGCUUGUUUGGUUUCUGGUAAUCCUAGGCCAAACAUUGAGUGGCGCAUGGACAAAGAAACCAUCAUUGGUCCCGCGAUAAGGUGAGUUUAUAAAUUUUAAAAAUAAUCUAUGAAAAGACGAUAAGAAAACAUAUUGCUCAUAACUCGUUUUUUUAUUUAAAACUAUAUUUCGAAGUUUGAAAACGACGCAUUCAACACACAAUUUUUUUUGAGGUAGUCCUUUUCGAAAUGUUUUAUGUUUCUUCUAAAUGGAAAGUUUUUUUCUAAAACAGGUCCGAGAAAUGUUUUUCACUAAAUGUCGACUUUUCAGCGACGACGGUCAGAAGUUCGAUAUCGACAAGCUGAACGGAUCGUCGGCUCAUGUUGUUUGCCUUGUUUCGAAUAAGGUUAAUUGGUUGAAAAACGUGAGAAUGCAAGAAUCGAUUUGUAGGCUGGAUCUAUUGCGCGCGACUUCUUCGUGCAGAGCAUCGCUCCGCCCAAGUUCACCGAUUCGGGAGACAGAAUCGAAGUUCAAGUGAGCAAUGGGAACAAAUAACUCAAUUUACUUUUCUACUCAGGUCAGCUACGGAGACACUAUCACUUUGGAUUGUCCAGUUUCUGGCGGCGGCGACGUUGUGAUUGAAUGGCUCAGACAGGGAUCUCCAAUCACGGUCUGGGAUUUCAUCACAAAGAAUUGGAAAAAGAAUUUUCAGGAUAAGGAAGCCAUCUUCUCUGUGAACAAAUCGAGUUUGAUAAUCAUGAAUGCAGAGGAGGAACAUGAAGACGUGUACACCUGCACUGCAAAGAACAGCGCCGGUGAAGCGACAAAAGAAUUCAACGUCUCAGUUCUUGGUUCAUUGAUUUUUUGCAUUUUUUCCAAAAUUUUGUUGAUCAGUUGCUCCCUACGUCCGCGGAACUCUGAUUGAGAACAUUGAAAUAAUCGAGAACAACGAACUGCAACUCGAUUGUGUUGCCGAAGGCAACCCUGACCCCAAAGUGACAUGGAAGAAGGAUGGAGGAAACGUCCCACAAGAAGCCGAGGUGAGCCGGAUAAAGAUUUUUGAGAAAAAUUUUCCAGGUCCUUAACGAAAACAUGACUUUGGUGAUUCGAGACAUCAGAAAGUCUCAAGCUGGUGUGUACCGGUGUUUUGUGAAGAACGUCGCUGGCACGGCUUCAAAAACUUUCAAUGUUCACGUUCUUGAGAAGCCUGUCUUUGUUUCAAAAACUGAGUCAGAGCAUAAGGUGCUGUAUUUUUUGAAAACUUUGAUGAACUUUAUGAAUAUCAGGUUGACGUCGAGCGAGCAGUUACUCUGGAGUGUGACGUCAAAGAUCCCACCGGCGUUGAAAUCAGCUGGACUCGUCAUCAACUCCCAAUAGUUUCUGGUGUUGAUGAUGUUCAGGUAUUUCGAGAACCAUAAUUAAAUUUUUAUUAAAUUAGUUAAAAUGGAAGCACAUAUUAGAUUUUCUUCUGGAAACAACUUGAGUGAUGCAUAUUUCAGUUACUUUCCGGUGGCCGGUACUUGCACGUCGCUUCAGUUCAGCCUGAAGAUGAAGGAUCCUACGAAUGUACUGUCAAAAACAAGGCCGGAGAGACCUCAAAGAAGUUCCAGCUCCAAGUUCAAGGCAAAUCAGGAAUUGUUCCAAUUAGAAUAAUAUCUGAUCAAUUUCAGUUCCACCAGAAAUUAUCAAUGAUGGUGGAGAAUACACCGUCAUUGAGAACAACUCUCUUGUUCUCCCUUGUGAAGUUGAAGGAAAUCCUCCUCCAGUUGUUACGUGGACAAAGGUGAGCUUGAACUCACAAACCUUCCAAAAAAAUUUGAUUGAAGGACGGACGCCCGAUCAGUAGCUUGGAGCAUGCUCAGGUCCUCUCAGAAGGACAACAGUUCAAGAUCGUCCAUGCUCAGCCAGGUGGUGUGAAAAGUUGAACCUUUUCGAAUAAAUCUGAAACUUCAGUUCAUCGCGGUUCUUACCUUUGUCAGGCUAAAAACGACGUUGGAUCUACAGAGAUCAGUUUUGACGUCGAUGUCAUCAGUAAAAUCUCUCUUUAUUCUUUGCUAAGUUCAAUUUCAGCUCGACCUUCUCUCGCGAAGGGUAUCAAAGAAGUGGUAGAAGUGAUACAAGGCGAAACUGCACAUUUCAAGUGUCCUAUUGUGGAUAAAAACUUCAAGGGUGACGUCACUUGGUUUAAGAUUUUAUUUGUAAGAGGUAUUAACAAUAAAUGUUUUAGGCUUCGAAACUUCAACCCAAUCGAUUAUCGGGACGGAAGACUCACAAAAUCUCAAAAUGACCGCCGUCUUCAUCUGUCGAAGUUUUUGCUUCUCUUUUUCUCAUCUUAUGCACCCUUUUUCAGUUCUUCGCUUCAAGAUGAAGGACUGUACAGCUGCAGGAUCAAAAAUGACGCUGGAGAAAACAAAUUCGACUACAAGCUUCAAGUUCUUAUACCUCCGACAAUUCUAAUUUUGGAUAAAGACAAGAACAGGUUAUUUCUCAAUUACUUUGUCUAAUUUUUCUAGAUUUAGAACCGUCAUUGAAAAGACAACGGUCACUUUGUCCUGUCCAGUCACGGGAAAGCCAGAGCCGGACAUUGUCUGGCUGAAAGAAGGCGAAAUGCUUUUCCCAGAUAACAUUUCAGACCUCAUUGACUCUGCUUCAAUUGUUGGAAAUGAACUGAAAAUUUCUCGAGUCAAGGUCGCAAUGAAGUUACGUUAAUAAAUUUUUCAUGAGUUUCAUAAUUUAGGAGUCGGACAGUGGUAGAUAUUCUUGUGAAGCAACUAACAAAGCUGGCAGUACUGAUCAAGAUAUUUUCCUCAACGUCAUGAGUAAGUUUUCCCAACUCUCAAUUGUGUAACGUUUUUUUUUCUCAGCACCACCGCGAAUCGAAAAAGAAGGAAUUCCUGCGGAAUAUGAUCAAAUGCUGGACAACACCGUCACGAUUUCCUGCCCUGUUUUCGGAAAACCGACGCCAUCCGUUACUUGGCUGAAGGCCGGAAAGUCCCUCGAAAGCAAUGCCAACGUCAAAACCAGUGCGAAUGGACAGAAGCUUUAUUUGUUGAAACUGCAAAAAGACGACGCCGACAAGUCUGUUGUUUUGAAAGUUGCCGCAUCAAAAGCUUUGUUUUCAGGUACACUUGCAUCGCCAAGAACCCAGCUGGCGAGGAAAAACGCGAUUUUAGUGUUCGGAUCCUGGGUAUAAUAAAAGUCAAUUAACACUUUCCAUUAAAAAAUUUUGAGAGGCUCCAACAUUUGAAGAUCCAAACUUGGUGAGAAAAGUCCAGACGAUCGCAGGAAAAACGUCAAUUUUCAAUUGUCCAGCUAGCGGAAGCCCACAACCUACUAUCACUUGGUUAAUCGAUUUUAUUUUGAGAAUUCAUUAAGUUUGAAUAAUUCCCAGGAUCCGAGAUGGAGAAACUUUGUCUGCCACCGGACGUCACGUCUUUUUGGACGGAGGCCGACAGCUUCAGAUUAGCAACACCGAAACAAGCGACAAAGGAAGGUUUUUCUGUUCAUCCAGCUUUUCUCUAACAUCUUUCAAUAGGUACACUUGCAUUGCAACUAACUCCGUUGGAUCCGAUGACUUGGAAACAACUUUGGACGUUAUCGCUCCUCCAGUUAUCGAAGGACAACCCACAGAAGUUGUGGAAGUGUUUGAGAACUCGCGCCACGACUUGCUUUGCGAAGUUUGCUUGUGAAUUAUGCGCUAGUAUCUCAACUUUUCAAAAGGUCAACGACACGGGAUCUCGGCUGGAGAUUGAGUGGCAGAAAUCGGGACAAACCAUCUCCCAGGAAACGCUAAAAGACGAGAAUCUCAUUCAAGUGAGCUAAAUUCAAUUGGAUUGCUGGCUUGAGUAGAACGAACACAAACUGAAUAAUUCACAGAUUCCUUCGUCGGGAAGAAAGCUGAACAUUCUUUCCGCGAGAACUUCCGACGCUGGAAGGUGCAGAAGACAGAAAUUAAAGUUCAAAUAUCGAAUAUUUUAGAUAUACUUGUGUUGUGAAGAAUUCAGCAGGGGAAGCCAGAAAGUCAUUCGACGUCAAAAUACUUGGUUCGAUCCAAAUGUGGGGCUUCUUGAUGGUCUCAAGUUUUCAGUUCCCCCUCCAUCAACGAUCAAGCCUCAUCGGAAGCUUUGCAAACUGUGGUUAAUGGCUCUUCUGUAACUCUGAAGUGCAGCACCAACGGAAAUCCAAAGCCUGAGGCAAUAUUUUAUUUUCAAAAUAAUUAUUUCAUACAAUCACAGGUAACGAAACCACAUCAAUUUCAGUCAGAACUGAGCAUUUUCGAAAAAUCAGAGAACUAAUGAAAACAAAAAAAAAACAAUGAACGGCUGCAAAAGUGAGCAGAGAAGUUACAGAUUUGGUGGAACUAUGAAGGCCAGAGAAUACGAGAUGAAGAUGGGCAACCGUCGGAAAACAAAGAAACUCUUGUUAUCGAUUCCAUCACACCAGAAAAUAUCGGAAAGUACACCUGCGAGGCCAUGAAUAAGGCCGGUCUAGUUCGCAAGGAUUUCAUUUUGAGAUUAUCAGGUAAUUAUAAAGAUAUUAAUAAGCUGCAAUCUCAUAUACAGGGCCCCCGGUUUUGGAUGGAGGACCAGAAAACCUAGCCAUGAAGGUUGGCGAUUCAAUGACUUUGACUUGCAAAGUGAGCUCUGGAAGCGGAAACGUUACAGUUUCAUGGCUUAUCAACGAUGUCGAGGCUCAGAACGGAGUCUUCAGCCCGACUGUUGAAGUGAAAAAUUAAGUCUUUUUUCGAAUAAAAAGCAAAAUGUGUUAGGUGCUUGAUCGACAAGUCAAAGUGAGUAACGCUCGGUUGAGCGAUGCCGCGAACUACAUUUGCAUCGCUAAGAACGAAGCUGGAGAGGUCAGAAAACCAUUCCAUCUGAUGGUUUGGGGUUCGUUGCCGCUUCCUCGUUUCAGUUUGCAAGCCUCGAAGUUUUUCAGAGAAGCCGCGAUUCAUGGACACCAACACGCGAUACCCUAUUGUCCUCGACAAAUCUGUCAUUUUUGACUGCUCCGUCACUGGAACACCAAAACCGACUGUCGUGUGGUUCAAGGUACGUUUUCUCAGCCAAGUUUGA